GAUCUGAUCUUUGUCUUCUCUCUAGGGUUUUAUUUUAGGGUUCCGCGGAAGCAAAUUGAGAAUGCAACUCACACUUGAAUUUGGCUUAUAAACUUGAAUUUCUGUGUCGUUGUCUAUCCAUAAAGAUCGAUUGUUUUCUGAAUUUGAGCAAACUCUUGAGUUCGUGAAUUCUGUGUAUUAAUGAGUGGGGGAUUGGAGUUACUAUGUGACUCUGUGAAGAUCCACGAUGUCAGCGUUGAUCCUGAAAAUGGAGCGGGAACGUUAAUUAUGAAAGAUUUGCUCUCUUGGGUCCGAAGUAAUCUGAUCAAGGAGAGGCCAGAAAUGUUUAUGAAAGGCGACACUGUAAGACCUGGUGUUCUGGUGCUUGUAAAUGAUUGUGAUUGGGAGCUGAGUGGGCAGCUUGAUACACCAUUGGAAGAGAAAGACGUGGUGGUGUUCAUAUCCACCCUGCAUGGAGGCUAACUCAGUAAGGAAUAUGGCUUGUCCCGCUUGUAGCUACGUAAUUGUUGUCUGAGAUAAUAUGGCAUUUUAACCUUAAAAAUACGUAUUGUUUGUUAUCCUAUAAACUAUACAAACUCUGAGGCUUGUGAAAUCAUCCUGUUGGGGUGGAUGUUCAUGUUCAAUGACUGAAUAAAGUAGAAGAAAGGAUAUUCAUAGGCAUUUCAAUUCA